AUGGUUGAGAAGUACAGCACUGAGCAAGCAAAAAAGAAGAGUGCAAAAGCUGCAAAAUCUCGUAAGUCUGCUCCAGUUGGGAAGAAGAUGCACAAGCACGGUGCAGGCCCACGCUGUUUCCUGAACAUUGCGUAUAAAAUGAUGGUUGAUGAAGGUUUGGAUGAACCACCUUCAUACACAGCCCUUGCAAGGAAGACUCACAUGGGUAAAGAUGGUUCCUUCCUAGACGAACGUACGGAGGAACUGGUGUUGGAGGUUGAGGAAGCCGUUGAAGAGAUGUUACAAGAUGGAUCUCCACUAGGAGACAGUCAAACUGACUCCACUGCUGCUUCAAAUACUAGGACUAAGAACUUUACUAUGAAGGAUUACUCUGAAAUGUUCCCUCGCUGGGAUGGUGAGCUGGAAGAUGAGAAAGCUGAUAACAUAGUGAAGGCAGUGUUUUCUUCAGGCUGGGUGGAGAUCCUUCCGAUGAAGACAGAAGCUGGUCAGAUGGUGCGAAGCUUGAAGACAGUGUCCCCUUCUCGCACACAGUCUGAUGCAGAAUCACGCAAGAAGGCUCGUGAGUCCCCUGGCCUGGAUGUGGAGACCAUGAAAGGAGAAAUAGUUCGUUGGCUAACUGGCCUGACUUCUAAUAUGGCUGAGGGGCUGAGCAGAUGCGAGAACACUCUGAAGACACAAUCCCGCAUGAUUGAGGGCCUUACAACUCAGGUGGGAGCUGUUGAGAAGAUGGUGCGUGAAGGUUGGAAGGAAGACCACACCAAAGCUGAUUCAUCUACUGAUGUACCUGAGGCAAACAAAUCUGAUGGAGACAAAGCUAAGAAGGACAGCGCUGAAGAAAGCAAAGGUGAUGAAAGCGAUGAAAGCAAAGGUGAGGAAAGCAGAGCCGAGGAAAGCAAAGCUGCGGAAACAGCUCCCAAAGGAAUGACAACAAGAGCCAAAGCUAGAGACACCCAAGCCACUGUGAGUGAGAGUGAAAAUGAGAAUGGAGGCAUAAGUGUUGUUGUAGUAGAUAAAGAACAAUCAUGCAUUGAUUAUGGUUCUGUGAAAAAACUAAAACAAGUUGGUAAAGUGAGAGCUGUUCGCAUUGUGGCCCGUGCUAAAAGUGAUCGGCAACGUAGGCUUGCUGCAACUCAGCAGUCUCCUUUUGAUGGAGACAGCACGGCAAAGGUUAUUAUACCUAACCAGCAGAAGCAAGGCCAGGGAUAUAACCCAUUUGCUAAUCAUGAUCGCAAAAAGCUCUCUGCUCUUCUUGAUUGGGUGAAACUUGACCCCAAAUGGCGACAGAAGGUCAAAGGUUCUUCAAGUCAUUGGUUCUACAUACUACAAACUCCUGCAAAAUGGUUGAUUGACACGCACAUGGAUGCUGGCAUUAAUCUCUUAAGGCUCCGAUACACAAAGCACCCUGAAUGGUUUAGGUCCGACAGAUUUUGCAUUUUGGAUGCUGUAUUUACUCAAAUGUGGACAGCAAAGUACUCAGAGUUUCUGGCCUCUCCUGCCAAUCCUGACGGCUCAAGUAAACUACUCCCUCCUGGCGCCUUAGACUACUACACAGGCGAGGAACCAACGUAUAGCAGAUCAAAUAAGACAUGGGCAUCGGAGAUUGAUGAUAUAUAUGCACCAUUAUUGGUCAAGAAUGAUCAUUGGGUAGCUUGCUGGAUAUCAAUCGUUUUUAAAAAAGACUACAAAAGAAGUCUGCGGUAA